GUUAAUAGCACCUCUAGCGAUUUGUUGUGAAACUGCAAGUCUGGUCUCAUUCGGCCGCCAUUUUGAAUACCUGCCGCUGAAAAGAAGUAUCGAAGUUGUGGAUGGAUUGUUGUGAGCAAUAAGAGCCGGUUUCCUGGGCUUGCUCGUUUACGCGAUUUUGUCUAGCUGAUCCCGUAGUUGCUCUGGUCAACAGCUGUACACUGAGUCCAGCGAAGCUCGGCCUUUUUUCCUACCAAGACAAGAAGUAAGACCAGCCCACCUGUAACGUUAUUCACGAUGAUGGGAACUAUGCGUCAAGAUUUCGGUGCCGCGGCUAUGGCGCUUGUUCCCCGUGGGAUGGACCCCCUCUACACGGCACUGUCCUUGUUCCGGCGACGAAGGUUCGAGGACUGUGUCACAGUGUGUACCAUGCUACUGGAAAAGAAUCCAUACGACCAGGCUGCAUGGACCCUGAAGAUGCGUGCUCUGACAGAGCAGCUGUAUGUGGAUGAGGUGGACGUGGAUGAGGAGGGGAUCGCUGAGAUGCUGAUGGAUGACAACGCCAUCGCUGAGGUGGCGCGCCCAGGAACAUCCCUGAAGAAGCCUGGGACUUCUAGUGGUGGACCAAGUCCAGGUGUUCGCCCCACGUCCCAGUCAGGACGCCCCCUGAGUGGGUUUGUGCGGCCGGGUACGCAGGGGGGUCGUCCUGGCACCAUGGAGCAGGCCAUCCGUACCCCCCGCACGGCGCACACGGCCAGACCCGUCACGUCAGCGUCGGGAAGGUUCGUCAGACUGGGAACUGCUUCCAUGUUGUCCAGUCCUGAUGGCCCCUUCAUCAACCUGGCUCGACUCAACUUCCACAAGUACGCAGCCAGACAGAGCCUGGCCAAACCUCUGUUUGAGUACAUCUUCCACCAUGAGAACGAUGUCAGGAAUGCCCUUGAGUUGGCAGCAUUAGCAACAGAAGAGGCCCAGUUCAAAGACUGGUGGUGGAAAGUACAGCUGGCUAAAUGCUACUACAGACUUGGUUUGUUCCGUGACGCGGAGCGGCAGUUGAAGUCAGCGCUGGUGCAGCAGGUGAUGGUGGACACGUACCUGUACCUGUGUAAGGUGUACGUCCGGAUGGACCAGCCGCUCACAGCCAUCGAAGUCUUCAGUCAGGGCCUGGAGCACUUCCCUGGGGAGGUCUCACUUCUCACAGGCAUCGCAAGGAUAUACGAUGGUCUGAAUGACAGCACCAAUGCUGUGAAGUUCUACAAGGAGGUUCUCCACCAUGAUAACACCCAUGUGGAGGCCAUCGCCUGUAUAGCCACACACCACUUCUACACAGACCAGCCAGAAAUAGCCCUCAGAUUCUUUAGACGACUCCUGCAGAUGGGUGUGUACAACUCAGAGCUGUUCUGUAACAUCGGGCUGUGCUGCUUCUACGCCCAGCAGUACGACAUGACGCUCAACUGCUUUGAGAGGGCGAUAGCGCUGGCUUCGGACGAGAACAUGGCUGACAUCUGGUACAACAUCGGCCACGUGGCUCUGGGUAUUGGUGACAUCGCCCUGGCUUACCAGUGUUUUAAACUAGCCCUGGCCUCAAACAACGAUCACGCCGAGUCCUACAACAACCUGGGGGUGCUGGAGUGGAAGAAGGGCAGGGUGGAACAGGCCCGAGCUUUCUUCCAGACAGCCCAGAUGCUGGCACCCAUCAUGUUUGAGCCUCACUACAACUUUGCUGCUCUGUCAGAAAAGCUUGGAGACCUGCAGAGUAGCUACAUUGCAGCCAGGAAGUCGGUGGAGUCCUUCCCAGAACACAUGGACUCCAACAGUCUCCUUAAACAGCUCAAGGACCACUUCGCCAUGUUGUAAUAGAGGAAAGAACUGUAACCAUAGAAACCAAGAUUCCUGCUGCACAUCUUACCCCAAGAACAGAACUACAGUAUCUCUCAGAAGAUGGGCUCCAACUGUGAAUACUCUGAUGAGUAUUGUUGGUCUAGUGUUGGUAAACUUAAAACCUGGAGAAAACCUGGCAUGUUGUAGCCUCAGUUGCAGACUUUUUUGUAAACAACUGCACAUAAUUUUCUGAUAGCUCCUGGGUUUCUGAUGGCCAUUUCAGAUCUGUAUUGUCUGUGUAUUGUUUUGAAAGUCAAUCAGAGGCUGCAUUGGUGGCUAGAAUGUUUGUAAAGCAUACUAGUAACUUCUCAUAUCCACUGAAUGUUCUUGGAAUUAGAAUGUUUUUACAAUCGUAAUGAGACACAAGAGAGCUGCCACUUCUAGACACCAUAUUCCCAAAAAUAUUUUUCGCUCGCUGGUUAUCUUUGUAAAUGUCACAGAUGAUAUCAAAAUUGUAUCAAAUACUAUAUGCAAAGGAUAAUCUCAAUUAUAUGUAUAUUUGUGUGGACAAGUGCAUUUUGUAAUUGUAUUGUACAAGAAGGAUUUUGUAGAGAAGAAGAAAUAGUUUUACACCUGCACAGGCAAGGCCAUGCUUGUUAUAUAGGUGGUUAUUUUUUGCUGUUAUGUUUCACUCAGAUUUAAGUUCAAUAAACCUUAGAAUGUGCCUUGAAAU